AUGGGCUUGAGUCCCAAGGCUCCCAAGCAACCCGAGACUUCCAUUUCUCGGCCCAUCAAUAGGCUUCAUGUCGAUUUAUUGCCAUCCAUACCACAACCCACUCAAGCAAGCCCUGGGCAUUUGAAUGGCUUGGGCCCACUUAAGCUUGUAGUGUGGCGUGUUGCUUCUUUGCUUGGCGUGGCAUGUGUGUGUUGGGGUCUUUUUCGUUCGAAGGAUCGUCCGAGCUUGUUGAUUCUUGGAUCGCCACAGAGUGAUGAAUGA